AUGGCUCCCAAAACCAUCAGAGUUCAGAUCAGACCGAGAGGAAGACCAAUCAAGAAUCUCCCUGUGGAAGUUCAAGUGGCGUCGAAUGCUUCAACAGCCGAACUCUACCAGUCUCUCGCUGAUUCAUCGGCUCUCUCCGUCCACCGUCUGAGGGUGACUAGAGAACGAGAUGAAAGAUUAAUUUCAAACUCCAAGGAAAUCACUAUUGAGGGGAGUGGACUUGAGGACGAGAGUCCGGUUCAAGUGAAGGACCUGGGCCCUCAGAUUUCAUGGCGAACCGUGUUUAUUGCCGAAUACCUCGGCCCAGCGCUGAUGCCAGCUCUCUUUCUCUUCUCACUGCGACCAUAUCUGUACUACAACUUCGACACUAUCCCCGAGCCGACCAACCUUCAAUGCCUUGUCUGCGCACUGUUGACGAUUCACUUCUUGAAGCGUGAGCUUGAGUCCAUCUUUGUCCACCGAUUCGGGAAUGCAACGAUGCCGCUGCGUAACCUCUUCAGGAACACCGGCUAUUACUGGGUCAUGGCCGGCCUUAAUAUUCCCUACUGGGUCCUCAGGCCCGAUGCAGCUACAGGAAGACAGCCAGAUUCCAUCCUUCUCUGCACUGGUAUUAUUCUUUUUACACUUGGAGAGCUGGCCAACCUUAACACCCACUUGAUACUGCGGGACCUCCGUCGUGUUGGAACGACCGAGCGUGGUAUUCCAUCUGGAUUUGGAUUCAGCGUUGUGACUUGUCCCAACUACUUCUUCGAAAUUGUCGCUUGGACUGGAAUUUAUCUUAUUAGUGGGAUGAGUUGGAGCAUUUUACUCCCGACGAUCAUUGGGAGCGUGCAAAUGGCGAUCUGGGCAAGGAAGAAAGAGAGUCGCUACCGCGAGGAAUUUGGUGACACUUACAAGAGCAAGACUUUUUCAAUGAUACCUGGUAUCAUCUAG